AAAUAGCCCAGGACCCAGGAGUCCCUGUUCCAAACUGCUGGUGCUGAAAGGUAAAGGAGCCCAAUUCCUAUCCUCACCUUUUAAAGAUGGAACCAGGGAGAUUCCUCAUUUUCAUGUUUGCAGCAGGGGCUGUUCACUCCGCCAAGACGUCUCUGGAGAUCAUUCCUGGCAACGGGGAUGUGCAGCUGGGCGAGAAAGCGUAUUUCUUGUGCAAAGUGAGAGCAGGUGGGGAAGCUACCUUGACCUGGAUUGACCCAGAGGAUGCCGACAUCGAGGAUUCAGAGCUGUACACAUUGCGGCCUAUCGACGAGCAGUCUAAGGGGCUGGAGAUGACUCUUCCUGAUCCACAGGUGGGAGGGAUCUUCACCUGCAAAGGGGACUUUGACUCUGGAGACACAGCAGCCACCCAGAUCAGAAUCCGUGUGGUCCAGAGACCGAAGUUUGUGACCCCCAUGGAGCAUACAAAGGAAGUUGUUGAGGGCACAAGUGUAGCCUUUGAUUGUCAAGCCACUGGAAUCCCGCCACCGACUGUACGAUGGACCUUUGGAAACCAGGAAAUCAGUAAGAUCGGAAAUGGAGGACGAGUCUCCGUGCUUGCAAAUGGGACGUUGGUGGUAAAGGACUCCCAACCCUCAGAUGCUGGUGUCCACACCUGCGAGGCCAGCAUUAAAGAGCGGAAUGAAACUGUUGUCAUGGUCGUCUCCCUCAAUGUUAAAUUCACUCCAAGGAUAGAGCUCCCCACAGGCAACUCAUUUGCCACCCAGAUUGGGACACCUGUCCAAUACAACUUCAGCAUCUUGGCUUACCCACCCCCCUCUGUCUCCGUUGCUUGGAAGGGGAAGGUUUUUACAGGUGAUGAUAUCAAGAAAGUGGCGCAGGACCAAGACAGAUAUACGUAUUCCUUUGAGUUCACGCCAACAUCACAAGAGGAUCUCUCAGAACUGCUAAUAACAGCUGCCAAUGAUCAGGGUAGCAGCAAAGAGAAGGUUACUCUUCAAAUAGACACUCAAGGUUUGGGAACUGGCAUCAUUGUGCUCAUUGUGCUGAUCAUCCUCUUGGUGGUUUUGCUGGUGAUGGAUGUCUUCUGCUACUACAAGCGCCAGCGUGGCUUGCUGAUGUACUGUAGGAACAAUAUCCUGGGCAAAUACUCAUCCGGAACAGGCACAGAAAACAAUGGGAAAAUGCUAUCCAAGUCGGGGAAAAGCACAGUGGUGAAUGUUUCUGGCAUUGAGGCCUGAUUAUUCUACAGCGAUGACCUUAGAUUGUGCAGGGAUGGAGAUGGGACUCCAUGGCCAAGCUUGGAAGAGCUCUUCAUCAAAAAUGGAAACACAAAGGCAACUUCCCAUGUGGGAGAGCUGAGAAAACAGCGCCUCUCUCUCUCACCUCACUUUAACACCCUCCUGUCUGUGGCCCAGUGACCUAACUCUCCUUUUCAGAAUAGCUGUUGCAUCACAAGCCAAUGGGAGCGAAACACCCUCUUCAUGUAACCUUCCCCAACUCUAUGCUCUCUAGAUGUUGUUGGAUUCCAACUCCCAUCAUUCCAAGCCACCAUGGCCCAAAUGGUCAAGGAUAGGGC